UUUAGAGAUGACGAGUGACCUUAAACUUUGUUAUGAAGCUCGUGAUGCUGCGUAAUGCAAGCAAAACAACGUUGACAACACAGUGACAUUUUCGAGAUGAAUCCUCCACAAAUAACGCUUAAAUUGCUGGUAUUUUUUCACUUCGUACUAACAGUAUGGGCAAGUCAGAAUGGUUUCCUUGGAUUGUCAUACGUCUACAUGAAUCUGUUUGUGUUGUCACUGGGUGUGUGGAGUAUAGUCCAUCAUGAGUCAGCAGAGCCCGUCUUCAUGUUUCUCAUUUGUCAUGUGUUUUCCAUACUACAAGACAUCAUCUUGCUGGGUAUCAAUGAACCACGUGGUUACAAUGCAUAUGAGCAAGGCGGAAGAAUUGACCAAACAACAAGGAAUGAAUAUCGAUUUUCUUUAGGUAUGAGUAUUGUCAACCUGAUCAUCAAGCCUGUAACAGCGUUCCUUGUUUACCGCAUCUACCGGGAGAGAGGGGGCAGUUAUGGAGACUUUACCAUCCCUGGCGUUGGCAAUUUGCCCUCAUUCAACAUAGGUGGAAGUCCCUCUCAUGGACCAUAUGAAAACAUAGACACGCCCCCUACAGCCCCAGCCCCUACAGAUGAAGAACAGGCCUAUAACCAGCCGUAUAAUUCACAGGAAAAACAUUGAUCAAGGAAGAUCAAGGCUGUGUGUAAGACCUGAGACGGACAUACUAAAUUACAUGUAUGUUUAGUGAAACAGAAAGGAUUUUAAACCUCAUAAUUAGCAUGAAAAGAAAAUUAAAAAAAGAAAAAGUAUUUGGUUCUUUAUACUGAGGUUUAAGGUUAUGGUUACACGGUUCUUUUUUUGUAUGAUAAUCAUAACAUUGAAUAAAAUAAGAUUCAGAAAUAGCAAAAUUUCACCCAUGUGUCUAAACAGUAAGGCUAGACAAAAGCCUUGAUUUUGCCAUGUUUUAUUGUUAAAGAUAUGUUUAAUGUAAUUAGUUGUUAAACUGAUAUAUGUGUAAUUUAGUAUGUUUCAAAUGAUGUGCUGUCAGCAUUUUAGGAUAUUGACUCAUGUCACAAAAUUAAAAUCUAAUUAGCUGCUGUUUUAUGCAAAGAGCCUGUGUUCUUAAGGUCUAUGUGAUAAGCAGAAAAUACUAAAUACUGGUCAUGUACAAGAUGGAGUAUGUUGUUGGGUUUUUAUUAAUUAAACAGAUACUAAUAGAAUUGUUUUUGCAAGAAUACUGUUAUGUUGAUGUAUGUGUCUUAUGUGAUCGAAGGAAAUUGAAAUACUUUUUUUUUCAAGCUUUUCUAUUCAUUCUGAAGAACAUACAUGUGUAUCCUUUAUCUAUAAACAGUGCAAUAUUCAGUGUCAUAAUAUGUGUACCUAUAUCACAGUUUUGUGCCAUUGUAGAUGACAGUAGAUUUAAAACCAAAGUUUUGUGUGCUUACUGACAUAAAUAUGCGGAUAAAAAUAUAUUUGUGAAACUUGCUUGUGUUUACACAAGAAGAAAUCAUACAUGUGAAAGAUAAAUUCAACUAUUCUUGCAUUUCAAACAUAAAAUGCAUUUCUCAGUGCUUGAUGCACCUUCAGUUCAAGACAGUAUGAACCCGGUAUCAAGUGAAGAUAGUUCAUACGAAAAAUACUCUGCAAGAUACUGUAAGUUACAGGGUUAGUAGGUGACCCGAUAUGGGAUAAACGGGGCAGAGAAAACCAUAUCCGGUGAGAGCGAAACUUGAACCAGAAUAUGGUUUCCUGCGCCCCGUAUAUCCCAUAUUGGGUCACCUACUUACCCCGUAACAUCUAUAUCACGUCAACAACCUGUUUACAUGCUUAAAUGUAUCAUUGAUUUUGGAAUAUUCAUCGAAAUUGGAAAAUAGCCACCAUUUUGGUACAAAUAAAUUUGGUGACCCAAUAUGGAAAAAUAUGGGGUCACCGCGUGACCAGUCCUGGACCAAUAGCAUUGCAUCAUUCAUGUUGAGAGGCGUGGUAUCGAUCCAUUUUUAGCUUACCAUAGGUGAGGUGCUGCAUCAACUCACCUCUGUUUGAUAUUUAUAAUAAGGUAUGUAAUGAAUGCAAGAACAUGUUCUAUUUAACACUUACUCAUCAACCAAAUAGUAACCCAAAUAUUUUAAUUGUUAACACAUAAUUAUGUUUAUUCACUCUUAUAAGGAGAUUUAAUACAACCAUUUUGAUUAUCAUUCAUUUUUUCCUGUUCAUUGUUUGAAUCACUCACAUUUUGAGAUGAUUGGAUAUUCUCUUGUUUACUGGAUGACAUUCCAUGAACUUGCUAUCCCUGUACAGUUUUAUGUAAGUGUGUUUUUGUGUUUUUAAAAGUGAAUGUAUUGUCGUAGCUUUGUCCUCACUGUGGCUAUUUGUGUCAUGUGACAAAUUAAAUGUUGGCCUUAACGGAAGCUGUAAAUAAUAUUGAAAUGGUAAUGAAAUUUGGUACAUUUGUUAGCAAUGGCAAUACACAUUUCGUGGGCAUUGUGCAAGGUGGUUGUAACUUAAUCUAGAAAUAGAAAGCUUUACAACCGUCUUGUGCUAUGUCAUGGAUUUGUGAAGCAACACCUAUUACUGGCUAAACUAUAUUUUAUUCUUGUUCAAGCGAGAUAUAAUGGCCAAUUUGGCAAUUGUAGGCUGAUGUUAAGGAUGCACUUGUGUAACACAUGUCUAAGACAGUCUUGUGCCCUUAACCAUCCACUAACAUCUUCAGUCGCGAGCUUGACACUCUACAUGGCAUAUACAAUUUGUAUGGAAAAUUUAUUAGAUUUUUUUUUAAAUGUACCUUUUUCAAAAAGUGAUUAUUUUCCAUCCAUUCCAAGUGAUGGUGUAUGCAGAGUUUUUGUAUUAAAAUUUGAUGUAAUAGAUCAUGUACGCCAUUUUAAAGAUGUGUAGUGUAGUUUUCUAAAUUUUCUUAAUUAAUAGCUUUAUAUAUUUCGGGUUUUCUGGUUAUUUUUAUUUAAUAAUGAUGUUGUUAUUUUACACAUAUAUACUACCUUUGGUGGUGUGAUUCUUUAUAAAUGUUUAUUAUCAGUGAUCUAUGGUUCAACAUUCCAUGUGGUCUUCUUAUUCUAUUAUUGUGUUUGUUUACACAUAUUUCUACUUUACAGUAGACAUCCCAUGUAUCUAUUUGCAAAAAGUGUAUGUUUGUGCUAUGUUUUUGCACCACGUAAUCCAGGUAUGGGUACAUUUUACAAGUUGAGAAUGACAGGUACAAUCGCACAAGAAAUUAAAUUUACAUUAGUAUCAGAGAGCAAACAUGUGCAGGUUUAAAGCAAAAAAAUGCAAAUGACUUUUGAACUGAGCUCUAACUAUAGGUGUACAUGUAUGUGUACCUGUAUGUAGCUGUAUGUGUAUGUGUACAUGUAUGUGAAAAUGUAUGUGUACAUGAAUACAUGUUUGUGUACAUAUAUGUGUACCUGUAUGUGUACUGGAAUGUUUCACAGCCUUUCUGUUGUUUACUAGUUGUAGUAAUGUAAGUUCGUAUGGUAUUGAAUGUAAUUUGCAAACAAUGAUCAAUUGUAAUGUACAACAGAUUGUAGAGGAGCCAAGUCGUUCUAAAAAAAUCACCAAAGUACUUAAUUCAAUUCUCGAUCUCAACUCAUUUUAAGACAUUACUGUGUCAUGAGUCAACGUUUUAUAUUUACCUCCCUUUAAAUUGACUACAUUAUGUUGAUAGAAAUAUUUAGUCAAUAUUUUGCAAAAAUAAUUUCAGAAUAAAGAUUGUACAUGAAUUCAAUUUAUUAUUUUGGAGUUAUCCAAACUACAUUUAUUGGAACAAAAUAAUUAGAAUAUUGAGAAAUAAUGUUUAUCAACAUAAUGGCUAUGAGUGAGAGAGUUUUUUGACAAUAAAACAUAACUCAUAAUGAAAAGUAUCAUCCUGUAAUGUGGAAAAGUGAGUUGAGCAUGAGAAAUGACUGGAGUAUUUUUGUAUGGGGCCUGGUAUCAUCAGUACAGUUGUGAAGAACAAACUGGUCAAUUCAUAGAUACUCAUUGUCACCAUAUCUAUAUCAAAUUUCUUAAUAUUUUGUUUCAUUGUUUUGUUACAACAAACAUUAUACUUAAAUUAGCUCUCUGAAAAUGUUUGCAAUUUUGUGUUGUGUAUAUGAGAUCAAAUAAUAACCUGUGCAAUUGCUUUCUGUGAUAGUGACUUCUGGCAUGUACUAUAUACAUGUACAACUCUACUGGAGUAACAAAUAAAACUAUUGGUGAC